UAAAUUACACACACACUUUUUCUUUAUUGAGGCUUCUAUGGUAUGAACUCAAGGUUAUGACUGUCAAACAAACAAUAAUUCUUCGCAAACCAAGCAAAGUUGUUAACCCCCUAUUUAAAGAAAACUAAAGUCUCAUAGAUUCAUUUAAUUCCCAACUCAAAUAUUAAGUAAUAAUAGAUUUUUUUCUUUUUUUCAAAUUAUCUUAGCACCCAUUUAAGUUGCAGUUUUUUAAAAAUUGCCUUGUAAAAAAAAUUAAGUGAGGGCCCAGGUGUAUCAAGGUGCUGUGUUACCUCAUUUGAGUUGAAGCAAUAGCUUGGACAUGAUGAAUAAUUUCAAUGUCCCUGAGAUAAGGUUGUGUUUCCCAUUCUAGCUACUAAUCAAUGACUGACACUAGUAAGUGUCUUUAUGUCAGUUUUGGAUGAAGUUAGCAUUGUGUUUUGUUACAAUGUCUUCCACUAUUGGAUAAACGGCCAGUAUUCAUUUUAAUGCUCACACAUGAGGCAUGGCCACUUAGAGCACUUAGGAGAUACAAAUGUUUUUGGAAUUCUAUUCCAGCAGGAGAUUGAACACUUGGGAUCUAAAAGAAUGGAAAGGGAAAGACAAAUUUGGUAAUACAUUGGGCAGAGAUCAACUCAAGGUAUUUUGUAUGCAUUUUUCUUCAAGCAUGUGAUAUGAAUGACUUGCUACAGUGCUCUGUAGCUGCCACUGUAUAUUGGUGGUGGAGCGAAUGAAGGUGGUGGACGGGGUGUUGAUCAAGUGGACUGCCUUGUCCUGGGUGGUGUCAAGUUUCUUGAGUUUUGUUGGAGCUGCAGUCAUCCAGGCAAGUGGGAGUAUUCAUCACACUCAUGACUUGUGCUUUAUGAAUGGUGGAACAUAGUUUAGGUGGUCAGGUAUUGAUUUACUUGCUGUAGCACUCCUAGAGUCUGACCUACUAUUGUAUUUAUAUGACUGGUCCAAGUAAAUUUCUGAUCAAUAAUAACACCCCAGAUGUGAGUAUAUUUAAUAUUAACAGGAGCAGGUUGGAUUCUGCCCUGUUAGAGAUGAUCAUUGCUUUACACUGUGUAACAUUGAACGUAACUUGUCACUUAUCAGCCAAAGCUUGAGCAUUAUUCUCAUCAGACUGCAUAUGGACACAAAAUGCUACAGUGUCUAAGAAGCUGGCAAUGGUGGUGGCCGAGCAGAUUAAUUUCAAUGCAGAGCAAUGUGAGGUAAUGCAUUUUGGUAGAAACAACAGGGAAAGACAAUACAGGCUUCAUGGUACAACUAUGAAGGGAGUAUAGGAGCACAGGGUCUCUGGGGUUUAAGUGCAUAAUUCUCUGCAGAUGGCUAGGCAAAUUGAAACAGUUUUUAAGAAAGCUUAUAAUGUCCUUGACUUUAUAAAUAAAGGCAUUGAUUAUAAAAGCAAGGAAGUAAUGCUCCACCUCUACAAACCAUUGAUCAGAACACAUUUGGAGUAAUGUGUUCAGUUCUGGACACCUUAUUUAAGGAAUGGUAUUAGAGCCCUGGUGAGAAUGCGAAUGAGAUUUACGAGAAUGAUACCGAGCAUGAGGGAUUUUAGACAUAUGAAAAGAUUAGAAAAACUAGGCUUAUUCUCCUUGGAGCAGAGAAGAUUAAGAGGUGACCUUAUUGAGGUAUUCAAAAUUAUGAACAAUUUUGACAGAUUAAAAAAGGAGAUUGUGUUUCCAUGAAUUGGUAUGUCAGUUAUUGAGGUCACAAUUUCAAGACUGUGGGGAAGAGUUUGGAGUGAGAUGAGGAGAAACUUCUUCACAAAAGCUAACACAUUUCUGAGUAAUGCACUGCCUGGGAGAGAGGUGGAGGGGGCUCCCACAGGUGGUUUCAAAACAGACCUGGAUACAUAUUUGAAAGUGAGAAUUAUCAGGGCUGCAGAGAUAGGGCUGAAGGGUGGGAUUAGCUGGAUAGCUCUUUUGGGAGCAGGUACAGACACAAUGUAUUGAAUGCCGCCCCCCCCUCCCCCCGUACCGGAAAGUUCUAUAAAUCUAUGAACAUGGUGCAAUCAUCAGCGAAUAUCCCCAUUUCUGACCUUAUUCUUGAGCCAAGAUCACCGUUAAAGUAGUUAAAGUCCUUGGAAGUGUAGAUGCCUCCUAGGAAAAUGCUCACACAUAAAAUGAGUUAAGCGGCUUUUGGCAGUGUGGGUUGAGAGAUGAAUGUUGGUCGGAAUAACUAGGAGUUACUGUAUUCUUUGAAUAGUAUCUCAACAUCUAUAAUAUCCAUCUGAACUACUCAAACAGGUAUAGGAUUUGGAGGUUAUCUGAAGGACAGUAUUCCAACAAUGCAACAUUCCCAUCAAUACCGUAAUGAAAUACCAGUCUCGUAUUGAUUAAGGAUUUUAAACAUGGAUAGUUAAGCUAAUCAAGCUGCAUUUCCUGCAAAUCUGACUUGAUCUGAAGAGAGUCUUCUCAAAUGCAGGGUGAGAAACAUUUCCAAUGAUGUACACAAUUGUACCAUCAUUCAGAAACCCAUCAAUCAUGGGGAGGCUCGACUUUAAGAAAAACGCACACAUUGAUUGGACAUAGCCAUUGGCAUUAUAUUGGCCGGCCCACUUUUCGUAAGGAAAAGCUCACUCCCAGCAAAGAAGCGAUUUUUAAAAAAAUGAAUGGCUUAAGAUCAUUGGAAUGAAGCCAGGUUGCCACGGCGGCCCGGGUUUGGCGUAGCGCUUCCUAGCAACAGAGCAUCUCCCGCUUUCCCGGCGCUGGCAAUGAGAAAGGGAUUGGUCGAAUGCAGCUUCCAUUCACCCCGGGGGGGAAGCAGGGCAGACCAGGGGCUGCGAACGAGUCAGACAGCAGCCUACCCAGGGCAUUGGUGGGCAGACCGAGAGAGGGGCAGAGAGAGAGAAACAGGGGGAGGGGGCAACUCCAUGCUCAAGUGCCCUUUUCUUUCCGGAUGCUGUCUCUUUCGCUAUCUCCAUGGUGAUGGCGAGGACGCGCAGAGAGGAGCAGGGAGGCGGGGACGAGCGUGUAUCUUGUGUGUGUUGGGUACAGUCAAGGAUUCAGUAAAGUGACGUGUGCGGAUCAGACGGAUUCUGUGGCUGGACAAAGGGAGUCUGAGCUUGGUUAACAUGUCACCUCCCUUCACCCCUGGAUGUUGCUCCUGUUCUGGACAGUCUCCAUCACACACCAGACAAGGGAGGGCUGACCUCCAAGAAUGAAAAUGGGGAGUGCAUUUCAGAAGGUUGCUUCUGUCUUAUCUUGCAGCCCUGAUGAUGAACUGAGCUGCGUUUCAACCGACAUGGAUGAAGUAAUGGCUGACAGGAUGCUGGAUGCCUGCCACAAGAAGAUAAAGAGGCUCCCAGUUCCGAUCUGCUCGUUCACACAUGUAGAGAAGUUAUACAUCAGCAACAACAAGUUGAGGGAUCUCCCCAAUGAGUUUGAGCAGCUGGUCAACUUAAAGAUUCUAGCACUGGACUUUAACAAAUUUGAGGAUGUGCCUAAAGUUAUAUGCAAUAUGCAAAAUCUAACCCGGCUCUACCUUGGUAGCAAUAGAUUAAUGACAAUUCCUCCAGAGUUUAGGAAUCUAGAAAAUCUCAGGUGUCUAUGGAUAGAGAGCAACUAUUUCAGAAAAUUUCCCAAACAGCUAAUUAAUAUGCCCAGUCUGAGGUCACUCCAGAUGGGAGACAACAAGCUAAAGACUUUACCGGAGGAUCUGGUUAGGUUCAUAAAUUUGCGUGGAUUUUGGUUGUAUGGAAAUAGAUUCGAGGACUUCCCGAAGGUAUUACUAAAAAUGGAAUUUCUAGAAAUCCUUGAUGUGGACAAAAAUAAAAUCACUGAGUUCCCUAAUAUGGAACACCUUUCAAGGCUUAAACUGCUUUCCUAUGACCAUAAUCCUGCAAAGCGCCCACCAAGUGUCGCAGAUGGCGUCACACUGGUAGGUGAAGGGGCAGCCGAAUUAAGGGCUGCCAGGGCUCUGGAAGGUGAAGAGAAUGAUGAAAAUCAGGAACCUCUGCACAGCAUCCUCAAAAAUGGCUCCAUGGGACUGGAAACGGAGGGCAACUUCUCCACUUUAGACUGUUCUCAAGAGGAGACAUGAGAUCAACUGCAGAUACCAGCCGCGGAAUAUCACGCACCAGGCACGGAGUGAAGACAGCUCCUUUGAAGUCAUUGUGAGAUGGUGGUUAACUCACUCUGGAACAGUCAGAAAUGGAGUAGGCAGUUGAAGAUAUAAAUGGCCCAAGGGACUAGAACUGGAUGAAAAACACAGUCGAACACAAAAACAAUAGAAAAGUUGGUUAUUUCUAUGUAUGACGCAAUUUAAGUCAGAUUACAGGAAUGGGUGUUUAAACCAGUACGGGCCCUUUUAAUGAAAGAUUUUACUGUGAUAGAUUUCUCAGUAGAUUGUGUUAACAAUGUGGAUGUGCCACAUGCAAUUUAGGACCAUAUGUAUCUGUAUUACCAGAUUAACUCAAAAAUGUCUAUAACUCUGCAACGCAGUGAGAAAAUAACAGUUGGAUAAUACUUCAUAAGAGAAAGCGGUCAAGAACUGUUAUAAUUAUUAAAGUAAUGAAGCAUGAGGGUCAGUUUUCAUAUUGCAAUAAGAUUUGGGGUAAGAGUUACAUAUUUAUUAAUAAGUUGUUCUUACUAAUAAAUUUGUAAUGAAUAAAGCAUAACAAGAACGUGUUACUCUUACACAAUGGAUCAUCUUCAGCUGCAUUACUAAACUCCAUUCAUCACUUUGAAAAUAAGCUGCUUCAUCGAUUGUUUACAUGUUCAAAGAAUUCCAAUGAGUUAAAAAUAACAACUCAUUCUGCCCAUAGCAGAGGUUUAAAAAAAAAGCAAAAAAAUCAUACACACAGUAUUUGCAUGCAUGACUGCUUUACGUUUCCAUUUCCUUAAAUGGCAAGAGAGAGAUUUUUUUAGCUGGAACGGAGUGUGCCAGGAAUGCAGUUUAGAUCUGCUCACAUAUCCACUCCUGUUUAGGGACAAACGAUUCAUGGCAUUACAAAAACAUAAGCCAGGAAAUGAGGGACAAAAAUAUGACAAUACAUGAAAAUUGUCAUACAGCUGCCAUUGUGGGAAAUCCUGUGGAAAUGGCCAUCGACAGGGCACUAUAAUUGCUUAGCAAUGUAAAUAAACAUGCUGGACUUUACUGAA